UUUUUUUUGGGUCGGGGGUUUUUUAAAUUUAUAAUUUAAUUUUUUAAUUUAAGUGUAAGAAGAACCACAGCGGUAAGGAAACAUUUCCACCGAAAAAAUGUAUCUCGAAACAAGGAAUAUUAUAGUGAAUACAUUAGUACAAGUAUUAUUAUAAGUAUAAGGUAUUUAUUAAAAUACCUUAAAACUACGUAUGUUUAGAAAGGUAUUUGAUCAGAAGGUACCUACAUAAUAUGACCUGGAAUUCACACAUUACUUUGUUAAGUAAUUCAGGCACGUUUCGUUGUGCGGCCAAACUGCUGACUUAGCAAUGUUUACUUGGAUAUUUACCCGGACUUAGAGAUGGAAUGAGUAGAUAAUUUUGAUUCUAACUGAAUAUAAGUUUAGUGUAGUUUUGAAAAGUUUGGUCAGUGAUGUGAUUGUCUGAAGAGGAGAAGGUGUGGCGGUCACCUCUUGGAAGAUUUUUUAGAAGGUUCUAUCUUCGACAUUAUCAAAAUGCGUGGAGUCCAGUGGCUACUUCUAGCAGUGUGUCUGUUCCUGACAGUAACAUCUGAAGCCAAGAAGAAGACCAAACGAGAGAACUAUGUGAGCGCCCCCUCUGAGGAAGAAAAUAACUACGAUGACGAUUAUGAAGAGCUGGAGCCAUGUCAGUGUGGUGUGUUCCUGUCGCAGCAGGUCGGUAUCAAGGAGAACAACCGUCGCAGUCGUCCCCGCGGUCCUCCUCAGGGUGAGCCCGUGGUCACCUACGACACCGACUCACCCAGCCUGCCCUGCGGCACGGGAGGAUUCAAGAGCUGCGUCAGCCGAUGUCUUGAUGUGAUCUUGAAGUAUCUCCCUCGAGCCGGCCCUGUCAUCUGCGGGGCGGUGGAACGCGACGUGCACAGAGAAAAGGCGUUCCUCUUCAUAAAGAACUGCGGCGGUGAAUGGACGCCCACCAGCUUCUCGGCAGGCAAGGAGUUCUGUUGCACCGAUGGAGAACAUCAUAAGUGCUGAAGGAUUCCGACAUACGUAAUGGCAGAUACCUAGUUUCGUUUUAUAAGUUGACAUUUACGUUUUUAUAAUUUGUAAACUUAUCAUAAUGGUAUGAGUGGGGUUUGCAUUCACAUCUAAUAGACACAUAGAUACAUACUUCCUAAUUCAUGAAUCUCACUGGGGAUACACCUAGCUAGAAACAUAAUGUUCGUUUUAGAAUUGUUACUCUGUACUUUUAUAACAUUUAGGUACCUAUGUAGGGAAGUAAGUUUACGUCGAGCAUUUUUAAUUAUUAGCAAUUGUUGCUAUAAUAAUGAGACAGCGGAGUCAAUCAUGAAGUCAAUUUGUCAAAACGUACACGAGUACAAUUUGUUGAGGACCAAAGUCGAACGCGCGGACAUUUCCUUGUGAUGCCUUAUUAAAGUGCUGUGUCUAUGUUCAAUCUUUAGGUAUAAAAAUAUCGUAGUUACCUACUUUGUAAUUUUCAACGCGCUUGAGUUGUGAUAAUGUUCCUUCGCAAAUCUUGAUGUAGUAAUUUUUUCUAAUGUGGAUAAAAGGGACAUUAGAUGAAAUAGAAUUCAUGCUAUAUUUUUAUAGGCGUCUGCAUCUAGGAUGUAAGUAAUAUUUGGGUUAAUUAUUUAUUUUUAUAAUGUGGCAGAAGUGCCAGUAGUGUAAGUACCUAUGUAAGUAAUACAUUUUAGUUCGACAAACCUAGCAUAAUUAUUCUGAUAGCGGUAGGAAAGCACGCUCAUCACAUUAGUUAAUAUCCAAUUAAUGAUUAUAAUUAAUUUCAAUAAAAAGUGUAAGUACUUAAGUUAAUGUAAUGGUAGUGCAUUUGUAAUCUGCUUUCUUUUAUUAUCUAUGUAUAGAUAUGUAGACAUGCUAUUAGAAUGCGCAGUUAAUUUGUUUUCUAAUAAACGAAUUCAAUGAAAUUGCAAACUUUAAAUGCAUUGCUAACUCAUGUAAUUGUAUAAUUUAUGUAAAUUAUUUAUUAAACCUAGUUUAUUGCUUAAUAAAGUAAGUACUAAUACCUA